CGCCUGCGCGUGCGCAGUGCCCCCCUCCCGGCCGAGAGCCGCAUCGGCAUCAUCAUCAUCAUGGCGGAGCCCCGAGACAAGGCGCUGCAGGACUAUCGCAAGAAGCUCCUGGAGCACAAGGAGAUCGACGGGCGCCUCAAGGAGCUGAGGGAACAGCUGAAGGAGCUCACCAAGCAGUAUGAAAAAUCUGAAAAUGACCUCAAGGCUUUGCAGAGUGUUGGACAGAUCGUUGGUGAGGUUCUUAAACAGUUAACAGAAGAGAAAUUCAUUGUCAAAGCAACAAAUGGACCAAGAUAUGUUGUCGGCUGCCGUCGUCAGCUCGAUAAAAGCAAGCUGAAACCUGGGACAAGAGUUGCACUGGAUAUGACCACCCUAACUAUUAUGAGAUAUUUGCCAAGAGAAGUUGAUCCCCUCGUUUACAACAUGUCUCAUGAAGAUCCUGGAGAUGUAUCUUAUUCCGAGAUUGGAGGAUUGUCGGAACAAAUCAGGGAACUAAGAGAGGUUAUAGAGUUACCACUGACAAAUCCAGAAUUGUUCCAACGUGUGGGGAUUAUACCUCCCAAAGGCUGCUUGCUGUAUGGCCCACCAGGUACAGGGAAAACUCUCUUGGCCAGAGCUGUUGCUAGCCAGCUUGACUGCAACUUCUUAAAGGUGGUGUCUAGUUCCAUUGUGGACAAAUACAUUGGCGAAAGCGCCCGGUUGAUCCGAGAGAUGUUCAACUACGCCAGGGAUCAUCAGCCCUGCAUCAUUUUCAUGGAUGAAAUUGACGCUAUCGGUGGCCGUCGUUUCUCGGAGGGCACGUCAGCUGACAGAGAAAUUCAGAGAACUCUAAUGGAGUUGCUGAACCAGAUGGACGGAUUUGAUACUCUGCACAGAGUUAAGAUGAUAAUGGCUACCAACAGACCAGAUACUCUGGAUCCGGCACUGUUGCGUCCUGGAAGACUGGACAGGAAAAUCCAUAUUGACUUGCCAAAUGAACAGGCCAGGUUAGACAUACUGAAGAUCCACGCCGGACCUAUAACGAAACAUGGGGAAAUAGAUUACGAAGCAAUUGUGAAGCUUUCCGAUGGUUUUAAUGGUGCUGAUCUGAGAAAUGUAUGCACUGAAGCAGGGAUGUUUGCCAUUCGUGCUGAUCACGACUUCGUGGUGCAGGAGGACUUCAUGAAGGCUGUUAGGAAAGUUGCCGACUCCAAGAAGCUGGAGUCUAAGUUGGACUACAAGCCCAUCUAAGCAUAACCACGUGGUUAAUGGCUGGCUGAGACUGCAUGGGAAAAUAUGGGGCUUGCGAUAGGUGAAAUGAGAAGCAAAAGUAUCCCUUGAUUGUGUUUUUAUUACAAGUGUCUGCAUUGCGCCAGCGAGCUCGCCGGCUGUUUGUAUUAGUGGUGCUCCUGCUGCUGGGAAGCUCAUGGCGGCACCCUGAACCCAACAUGGCCUUUGUUACAGUCCCGUUCUUAAGCGCAGAGCAACAUGUGUCCUCGUACCAGAACCUUACGGAAACAUACAGCUGGUUUGGUUCGGCAGAUUGUAAGGCAGUGCAUUUCUUAUUUUAUAUCAUUUAACUCCCCCACCCCUUCCCAUUGAAGAAUUAAAUAAAACUUGUUUAAAUCCA